GCGGGAUGACUUUCGUUUCCACCGCUUGCAGAAUAUUGCCGAAAUGAAAGUGAAAGAGGAGCCGAGGGAAGAGAUGGCAGAGGAGAGAAAGCUCUGCAAAAACUGCAAGCACGAGGUGGCGGCUGCCAACUUCUCCCUCCAUGAGGCUCACUGUGUGCGUUUUCUUGCCAUCUGCCCCAAGUGUGAUGAACCCAUUGCGUUGAAGGACAUGAAGGAGCACUUUGCCAAUGCCCACAAGGAGGUCAGAUGCACGCUCUGCCAUCAGCUGACACAGCAGUACCUACUGGAACGCCAUGAGUCUGAGGAAUGCCCCGAGCGGUCAGUCCGGUGUCAGUUCUGCGAACUGGACCUCCCCGACCACAAGCUGCAGGCUCACCUGAAUACCUGCGGCAGCCGGACCACGCCGUGCUGGCACUGCGGCAAGUACGUCAUGUACAAAGCUUUGAAGGAGCACAAAGUCGUGUGCCAGGCGAGAGAGCAAGAGAGGGGCCGCGACUCCAGGGCCAACUUGUGCCAACACUGCCGUAGCUGGUUCCCCGAUGAGAAAUUUCUCCAGCACCUGAACGAGUGCAACCCUCUUCCUCAGCUUCUGGGAGCCCUCUCCACUCACUCCCCCAAGGACUCUGGCUCUCCUGAGUCUCCCACUUCUACUGCUCUGAGCGAGGCCGUGGAGGGAGGUGCCCGCCCCAAGAAGAAGGAGCUGUCUUCUGUCGGAAGGCCCUUGCUCAAGCCUCCGAAGAGCAAAAAGCUGGCCUUCGUGACCACUCUGGCCUCCGCCCCGCCCCAGGCCCUGGAGGAUUCCCUUUACGACACGCUGGCGACUUGUUCUCACUGCAACAUCCUCCUGCCCAGCCCAACUCUGCAGAAACACGAGAAAAAGUGUCAGAGAAAGGCCUCCUUGCAGGCGCUUCGUCGAAGUCCUCGCCUCAUGGCCAAAGGAGAGGAGUCGAUGUAAGCCCUUCUGAAGAAGAGCAGGCAGCGAAA